AUAAAUAAUUCUCAUCUAUAUUUAGGUUUAUUAAAAAGUCUAACAUUACAACUUGUUUAAAAACCUUACAUGGAGUGUCGUUAACGAACUGUGUGACAUUAACUUGACACUUGACAGUGACAAGACACUAUUUCUUUAAUAGAAACUAAGAAUGUGUCGGAUUGUGUUGAUAUAUUAGGGCAAUAUUUAUUAAGCCUUCGAAAUAAAUAUCAUAGUUAAAUGUAGGUCAUACGUUUUAAAUGCUCUCAAGUUGUUAUAGUCCUCUGAUCUAGUUUCUGGAGAUGGAUGAAGCGUCCAUGAAUCGUUAUGAAAAACAGCUAUAUACCGUGUUUAAAACUUUCGACGUAGAUAACGAGGAAGCCCUAGACAGGUCAGCCGUUCAUGAACUCUGCGACGCAUUGCAGCUAGAAGACCGCGGGGCAGCCCUCGUAAACACGCUGUUUGAGCGUCGCUCUGACCGCGUUACCUUCACGCAGUUCCGCAACGGGUUGCUGGCCGUGCUGGGUGGAGCAGCGGCUGACGGCACGCGCUCUGCUCCGGUGCCUCCCGCCCCUCCGGACCCGCCGCCGCUGCCAGACCCGCCGCCGCUCCAUAGUGACGAUGAUUCCUCUGGUCGUGAGGUGGCACCCAAGUUUGUUUUUGGUUCGAAGAAAUACGGUCGCCGGUCAAGACCAGUUCGCCCAGGUCCAACUGUUGAUGAGUCUGCGAGCCCGCGCUCUUCAUCUGCUUCAAGGCUCGAUACGGAGGAUAAACGAGUCCGGCAACGAAUGAGGUGUAGACGAAGUGCCUCUGCCAUGGAGAGUCGUGACGAAAACACUGCUUUUGUUGUUAGUCAAAGCGAUCCUUCUUCUACUGAUACUUUUGAACACGACAGUCGCAUUGACAGAGAUGAAGCUCUCGCUCUUUGUCGCAACUUGAAAAUGGAUGGCAUCGACCGGCGGCUGGUGGAACGCAUAUUUGAAGAGUCAGGAAGUUCCGAAACCACAGUUGGAGAAUUUUUUGACUGUUUAAAUGCAUCUCUUUCGACAACGAUAGACGAGGCCACUCGCGAGGUGCGGGUGCAGUCCACGUCUAGCGACGGCGCCGCCGACAUGGCUGACGACGAGGCCCCGGCCGGGCUGCCCAGUGAGCUCGUGCUGGAGGCGUGGGAGCGCGCCGGCGUGCAGCAGCCGCGCCGACUGCUGGUCGAGCUCGGAUUCGGUGCUGCCACCUUGCGCCCUCCCGAGCUCGAGCGCGCUCUCGACGAUGAACUCUGUGCUUUGGCUGAACCGGUCGAAGAACCUCGUGACGCUCGUUCUCUAUUAUUAGCAGCUGCUCUUGCGCUUAGUCGUCUGCGCUUAGAUCUUACAAGACGUCGUGUGAAUUUGACGACUGCCGAACGUGACAAGCUCCGAAGUGACGUCGCCGAAGCCAAUAGACACGCUCGCGUUCUAGCUCAGGAAGUCGAUGAGAGUCACGCGCGAAUCGAGGCCGAAUUAAAGGCUAGUCUGCGGAGGGCCGAGUCACGACACAUGGAGGCAGCCCGUCAAGCUGCCGCUGAGAACGCUGCAGAGCGUGAGCGUGCGGCGGCGGCCCGCACUAAGCUGGAGGCAGAGAUCACGCGGCGCGCUGAAGCUGAAGCGCGUCUACGCGCUGAAAUAGCUACAUUGCGCUCUAGCGCUGACGAAGCAGAGGCGCGAGCCGCCGCCGCCGAGGAGCGCAGCGCCGAAGGCGAGCGCGAGAGGGCGCGCCUGGCGAGCGCCCUGCGCGCGGCGCUGGAGAGCGGCGCGGCGGCGCGCGCGGCCGGUGCCGAGCCAGCCGAGCUGGCGGCGCGCCUGGCCGAGCUGCGCCGCGACAACCAGCGCCUGCGCGACCGCAACGACGAGCUGUGCGCCGCGCUGGAGGCCGGCGACCGCCGCCCGCCCGCCGGCCCCUCGGCGCGCUCAGGGGACCUCUCCGCUGAACUUGACUGUCUGCUGACCGAAGAUCGCUGCGAGGACUGUGAUUCGUCUCCUGUGAGCAUUGACCAAAGGAUUGUUGGUCAUGUGGAAGCUGUGACAAAGCUUAGAGAGAUUUUUAGCAGCAUACAGAAUCUGGCGUGUCCCGGAGAGCAGACAUGCCCAUCGUGUACAACGGUGGGCGACAGUGUGCGGCUCGUGCAGGAGCGCGUGCGAGAGCUCAGCGAGGCCGUGAUCACCGCGCAGGCGCCUCCCGCCGCCGCCGACGCCGCCGCGCAGACUGCCGACGCCGACCACGCCGACACGCUGCGGGCAGAAAUCAUACAAUCUCAACAAAAGCAUGACGAAGAAAAACAGAAACUUACGGGCCUUGUCAAGGACCUCGAAACUAGCCUCGAGCAAAUGAAGGCGGAGUACGACAAGUGCGAAGAGUACUGGAGCGGCAAGCUGGAGGAGGAGCGCGACAUGUUCGCCGAGGAGCAGCGGCUCGGGGACGAGCGGCUCGCCGAGCUCGUCGCCAAGAUCGGCGAGUACGAGCGGCAAUUCUCGGCCGCGCCCGCGCUGCCUACCAUCGACGAGCGCCACAGCCUCGAGGCGCAGUUCACCGACCUGGAGGAGGAGUUCGCGCGCUACCGCCGGGACUCGGAGCGCGAGCUGGGCGCGCGCGCCGCCGAGCUGGCGCGGGCCAGCGCGCGCGCCGCCGACCUCGAGCGGCGCCUGGACGAGCUGCGGGGCGCGGCGGGGGGCGCGGCCGGGGGCGCGGGGGCGCGCGAGCUGCGGGCGCGCACGGCGCGGGCCGAGGCGGCGGCGCGGCGCCUGCUGGCGCGUCUGGCGGCCGCCGACCUGCUCGUCAAGGACCUCUACGUGGAGAACUGUCAGCUGGCGCAUCGCCGCCCGCUCUGACGCAGUAAGUCGCCUGCUCUCGCCCACGCCGCUCACGCAGAGUGCCUUACAUUGUUAUUUUUCUCGUUAUUCCUAUGUAUAAAGGUGUGCAUAGCCACUGGUGAGUACCGGUACACGUUCCUCGGCGUACUGCGCUGUACUCGGCGCGUUCAUCUUCGUUAUAUGUGAUAUAAUGCAACCGCAUGAACAGCGAGCGGCCGGCGGUCGCUAUGGUUAUUCUACUACGAAAGCACGAAACUAAGACAUUCCCAUUGUCGAAAGUUAAUAGUACCUACUAUUGGAAUUUGUUUGCAAACAACUGAAAAUGCAACUUGUUAUAUUUCUUUCUUUUUGCGAAAAACAACCUAUGUAUGUGAGUUACUACGUGUGUUAGUCAAAUAUUCCCCUCUCGAGCCGAACCAAACCGUGUAGGCUGCUAGUGGUUUGCUCUGUAUUAUAGCGUUGCCAGGUCGCCAAACCUAAUAGCCGGACAGACCAGCCAGUUUGGCCGGAUAUUUGGUUAAAAAGCCGGACACCCUAUAUUAUUGAGGAUUUAGGUACGACAAUAUUUUUAUGUAAAAUCAGGUCUUUUUGAUUAUUAAAAUAAAAACUUUGUCUCUUUGAGUUGCACAAUAAA